AUGGGGAUGCACGGCUCCAAGCCUCGGAGGCAAGCGCAGGUCCUGAUGCUGGGCCUGGACCAAUCUGGGAAGAGUACCUUGCUUUACAAACUCAAGUACAACGAGAGCGUGGUCACAGUGCCCACCGUGGGCUUCAACGUGGAAACUCUGGACACAGACAGGAGCAGCCCGGGUCUCACAGUUUGGGACGUGGGCGGCCAGAGAAAGAUGAGGCCUCACUGGAAGCAUCACUACGCCGACACGGCCGGGCUGGUGUAUGUGGUGGACAGCGCCGAACCUGGGAGGCUGGACGAGGCCCGCAAGGAACUCCAUCGGGUUCUGAAGAACGAGAGCCUACGAGGAGUUCCUCUUGUCAUCCUCGCCAACAAACAGGAUUUGCGCGGGGCUCUGAAUCCAGAGGCGGUCUGCCAAAGGCUAGACGUGAGGCGACAGUGCGAGGGAAGCAGGCCGUGGUUCAUCCAGCCCUGCUCGGGAAUCACAGGUGCGGGGCUGGAGGAAGGUUUCAGGAGGAUGGUGUACCUGAUGAAGACCCCGCUGAGACAGACACAAGAGGACAUCCAGGUCAAGAUGAAGUCAAAAGGCUUCAGGAUCACAGCCUUGUUAUGUGGCUGA